CUCCCUCCCCAUGCAACACAUGAACUUUGUUACGUACAAGUUCUCCAUUACAUUCAAUAGCCCAGAUUGAAAGCCUUCCGGUGGCCCACCUUCGAGUCGCCGGACAUGGGGACCCUGGAAAAGGCCCACCAAUUGCAAUGCUCGAUCUUGGCCAUCAUAGCCGUAUGUUUGAUGGCCACAAACGUGGUGGCCCAUGAGCCUUUUUGGUACCCUAUAUAUUUUCCACCACCAUCACCUUAUAACUACAAAUGGCCGCCCCUGUUCCCACCGCUGCCACACUACUAUAACUCGCCGCCUCCACCGCCAUACUAUUAUAAUUCACCGCCCCCACCACCGCCGUACCUGAAGAAGUCCUCGCCCCCACCAUCGCCGUACCAGAAGAAGUCCUCGCCCCCACCACCGCCAUACUACUAUAAAUCACCGCCCCCACCCUCACCGUCCCCACCGCCUCCAUACUAUUACAAGUCCCCACCCCCACCAUCACCAUCCCCACCACCUCCCUACUACUACAAAUCGCCGCCACCUCCAUCGCCAUCACCUCCACCUCCUUACUAUUACAAAUCACCACCACCACCAUCGCCAUUGCCUCCUCCUCCUUACUACUACAUGUCACCGCCUCCUCCAUCGUGGUCUCCACCACCUCCAUAUUACUACAAAUCACCGCCGCCUCCUGAAGGAUACUACUAGCAAUACCAUUAGCUUCAUUUCAUUGGUGUAGUCAUGUUUGGAUGCCCAAGUGGAUUGAAUUGCAAACAUAAUGUUCAAUCAAAAGGAAAUUUAUCUUCAUUUUAUUAGAUUGCAAUCUAAUUCGAUGGUGCAUCCAAACGUGCCAAACCCAUUGUUUCUUUAUCUAUUUGCAUUAAGUAGAGAGGUUUGCCAGAGUGAGUGAUUCUAAGGAAGUUUGUUUUCUAAGUCAGUUAUCACAAAUUCUAGAGCUG